AUAUAAAGCCUGCUAAUCGUGCCCGUCCAUUGUACACAUAAAACGACAUGGCUUUCUCCUGGUACCCAGGCGCUUGCUCGACAACAUACACUCACCAUGAGGAAACGAUCAAGCUACCCACCAAGACUGGGCCUACACGACAUCUCUCGGAAAUCUGUAAGGACGUGAUUCCAGCAUGCAACCUCAAUCCGUUCCUGUUCAAUGGCCACCUCCAGACCGCGUGGACAGCAAUGAAAUACGAUGGUCCAGCAAUCCAUUAUAAGCGUCGAGUUUUCAAGCAAGAGGACGAGGACUUCAAAGGUCACUUUACAGUAGAUUUUGUGACCUCUCCCCCUGAAACAGCUGGGGAAGCCAAGGACGGCGGACCAGAAGACGUUGGCUUGCGAGAAGACCCCAUGGGCGUGGGCCAUAAUGAGCUCCCACCCAGAACGACUUAUUUCAGCGAUAAAGAGUUCGAGAACCUGGCAACCGAAGACACGAAGCCGCUGCUUAUCACUCUUCACGGCUUGAGUGGCGGAUCGUACGAAACGUAUCUCAGACACGUUCUUGAGCCCUUGGUCAGGGCUGCGCCUGAGAAUGACAAGGCUGCUACUACAGGAAUAUCUGGAGGAGAAUGGGAAGCUCUAGUGGUCAACAGCCGUGGUUGUGCUGGAUCCAAAAUCACAACGAGUAUACUGUACAAUGCGAGAGCAACGUGGGACAUUCGCCAAACCGUUCAGUGGGCCAGAAAAACAUGGCCAAACCGACCGCUUUAUGGAAUAGGGUUUUCUUUGGGCGCGAAUAUACUCACCAAUUAUCUUGGCGAAGAAGGCGACAAAUGCAUUCUGAAUGCUGCGGUCGUGGUUUCCAAUCCCUGGAAACUUGAGUUGAGUAACAUGUUCUUGCAAAGCACUUACAUUGGCCGGAAUGUCUAUUCGAAAACAAUGGGACGAAACAUGCUUCGACUUUUCGAUGCCCACAAGGAGCAAAUUACGAAGAACACUUCUAUUAAGAUUGAGGAAAUCCACAAGCUCCGAUUCCUUCACGAGUUCGAUCGGGCUGUGCAAUGCGCCACCUGGGGCUAUCCAACAGAAGGCGCGUACUAUCGCGAUGCGAGCAGCUCGGAUAGCGUAAUGUCGGUUCGAAUUCCGGUGCUGUGCAUCCACGCGAUCGAUGAUCCCAUCGCCUGCGACCAGGCGGUGCCGUACGCCGAGAUCACGCAGAAUCCGUAUGUGGUCAUGGCGGCUACGAGCUCGGGUGGACAUCUGGCAUGGUUCGAAUUGGGAGGUGGAAGAUGGCAUGCGAAGCCUGCUGUCGGGUUCUUGAAUGCCAUGCGAGAUAUUGACUUCGACAAGAUCGAAGUCCCUGUUUUCGGCAGGCAAGGUCCGCAUGGAGGCCACGCUACGCCCUUCGUUUAUGAUUCGAUGCGGAGGAAAUCAUAUCGACCGAACAAGGAGUAGGGGUCACCCAGAAAAGCGACAGAUCUAGUGCCAGCGUGGCGCGCCGCCAGAUAGACGACGAUAGAUGAUAGACCUGUACAGCCCAAUGCAUGCAUGCAUCGAGCGCAAGCUCAACCGAAGCUGACACGCUUUCUCAGCUUCACCUUCUUCGAACCAUCGUCAACCUUCUUGUUGCUUCGAUCGCCAUCCUCGCCAUCGCCAUCUCUGUCACUCCGACGUCUCUUGCUCUUCUUGCCCUCGGUCUUGAUGUUGGCUUUCCGAUCUUCCAUCUCAGAUUUCUUGCCCGCAACUCUCUUCUCAGCUUCCGCCAACUUCGCCGCCCGGACCUCCUCCAGCUGUCUGGUCUUCAUCAUCUUACUCUCGAGAUUGCCUUCCUUCUCCGCCAUGACCAUGGCCAUGAUCACGUUCAUGCUUUCCUUGUCAUCCACGAAGACCUUGCCCUUCUUCUGAUUUGGAGGUUUAGAGACACCUGCGGGGAUGAUUCCAUUGAGCUGCGGCACUUUCAAUUCCGACUCUGUGUACCGCUUGUGAGGGGGAAGCUUCGAUUUUGCCGUGCCUUGCUUUACUGCUUUGUUCGUCUUCACCGGAGGCGCUUUCUUGCCGGGCUUUUUUGAUUUGGUCGGCGGGCCGCUGGCGGAAGACGACUUCGAUGGAGUACGCUUGGGUCCACUGCUGGGCCUCGUAACGCGAUUCUGUUUGGGGG